GGGGGGGGGGGGCACUUCAGCUCUCGGCAGUCCGCACGUACCUCCCCCGUCCAGUCCCCUGCAGCAAACUACACGGUGCCCUGAAGAACAAUACAAAAGAAGGAGAAUCAAAUAGCUUCGGUUGCGCAUCGUACUUGUAAUUCUAAUUUAUUUCCCUUUGGUUCACUUCAUCCCGCCCCCAGCCGAACCAGGUCCAGUGUUCCAGGAAGCAAAGACGCCUGAACGCCGUAACAAUGCGAGCAUCCCUCUGCCGGGGCCCUCCCAUUCUCUUCCCAAGUGUUCUUUUACUUUUGUCCACUUCUCUCUGUCUCUCCCUCCCUCUCUCUCUCUCUCUGCCUCGACAUCCAUUGGUAUCGUCAAGCGCGAGGGGAAAAGAGUAUGUUCUCCCCCCCCCUCCUUUCCGCUGGCAGGUCUUUGGUAACUACAUACGCGCGGGACACAUGUGGGCCCCCCGCCAAACGCUCACCAGAUUUUUAAAAUCUUUCGUCGUCGUACUCCCUUCUUUCUUCCUUCGCGCGGCCGGCUGCUCGUACCCGCCUUGCCUUCCUGGGUUGCGUAGACCGUAGUGUGCUACGAUCGCUCAAGCGUACGUGCGGGACAGGUUGCGGAGGUACC